UGUUGUUGGUUUUCCUUACUGUUCAUUGGUUGUUGUUCUCACCGUGUAACUGAGUGAUUCAUCCUUCUUUUUCUCUACACUUUUACCGGGUAAAUGUCUAAGAGAAUGGAACACACUUUCAUUUUGAGAAUCCUCUGAAUGGAUGCUUGCCACGCUUGCCUAGCUUGUAACCCGCUUGUCCUGCUUGUACGCUUGUUAAUUAAAUGCCUGAAAACGACGUUGCUUUGUUUGACUCCUCGGGAUGAUGCACCCAUCAUCCCGCUCGUCAUUGUCACUGUAAAACCACUUCCGAUUCACUGCUGAGCUUACGCCCGGCAGUGCCGACAUUUCCAUCAACAGCCGACACAACAUCGUGGUACGGUCAACACGCCAACCCACUAGAACGCCGGCACAACCGCCCGCGUUACAUGGCGCUCCUGGGUUAAAACCAGCCCGGAAGCUUCACAUCGCAACCAUUCCCACCAUCCCCACUCGCUCCACCGACUCUCCUUGUAGCCGGAUCAAGGCAGCCAAGCGCCUGAAUUGCCCGGCCCACAGACGCACUCCAAAGAGGAGCGUUCGCCCAUUCCAUACCGGACCGGAAAUCCCGUCCUACCUGCAGCAUUACAAGAUUCCACGACUGCAGUUAGCAAUGGACACUGACGCAAAUGCCCAGGCUGAACAAGCAGCAUCAGAGCCAGCACGGCAAAGUACUUCUACUGACUCGUCGCACCCACAUCAUGAAGAAGCUACUGAUAAUGAACGAGACGUUCUUCAAAUGGAUGGCUAUGACGACGGUAGUUUUGAUGCGCCUGAAGACCAUCACACGCCUUUACCAACCGACGAGCUCGCACAUGAGCUGCACACAGUCGCUCCACCACCACGUCGUGUUGUGUUGGAAGACGAAGACGUCGCGCAUACAGAAGAUGACACCGCGGACUACCACGGUCAAUCCAUGCAGUUCACUUCCGCCAACCGCAGUAAGCACCGUUUCCGUAAUGGGCAACAGCAGCACGCACAGCGCCCUUCACACAGUAAUAUUGUUCAGCGCCAGCCGCCGAACGCUGCCGCGUCGCACGCGCCAUCCCGCCCCGCUAAAGGCACACCCGCCAGACCACCACCAGAUAAUAUCCGGUAUUUCUAUACCGGCCCCCGUCAGCGCGCCGAUGACCCACAGAGUCAAUUUGACAAUCCUUACAUCGGACAGCACGUCAAAACGUCAGACUACAAUAUACACAUUAGAAAUCUUAAUCAUGCCAUUAGUACUGGUCAGUAUGCUCGACCGCCUCGCACACAGGCCGAGCACAAUAUGCAAGUCGCUGAGCGCCGCCUCUUGGAAAGCACUUCCUCUUUUCUGACAAGUUUACGCGACAACGUUAAUAAUCUGAAUGACAACAAGUACUGUUCGUUUCCUGUGCCCAUGUGUACCGUCUUGAGACCCCACUAUUUCCAAUCUUGGCGUUUUGACAAGUUCAGCAGAUCACCGUGGAUCAAAUACCCUUCUGACGACAACACAUGGCGAUACGAGCACCGCACAGGCUUUGUGUACCGCUAUGAUCGUAACAACAAUCGUUUCGUACAAACCGAACAGUCUCCGCGUUACUUUAACCCUUAUCGUUACUUCCCCAUCGAUCUCCCUUUCUGGCCAAGUGAAAUCAUGUGGGAUGGUACGUAUUCUCCUGAAGGCCGCAACGAUGCACUCGAUAUGUGGCACGCGUAUGACGACAACAGAGCACGCAAACUGAAUGUACCCAUUUGCAAUCAAGUACUGCCAUUUGUGGAACUACCGGACGUCGCUCUUGGUCAGCAUAUGAACCGAGAUGUUGCAUCAAUCCUGGACAAGCGAGGAAUUCCUAACUACAGCGAAUCGGACAUCUACCGGAUGCCUCAGCCUACCGUGAGGGACCCAAAUCAGCGGAUCCGUGAGUUGGAGGACAAGCUGGCCUACUACGAAAGUCUCCAUUAACCGGACCUUCUGCUCCCGCUGCCAUCAUCACCUUUAAUAGUACACACCGUACCGUGGCGCCGCACCAGUCCCUUUCCCCUCCGGACACGCCAUGCAAGCACAACCAGUAUUUAACCGCAUUUAACCAUUUUCAUUUUCCUUCUUAAAUUUCCUUUCUUUUGUAUUGUCUUGAUGAGACAGGUAUAUCUCAUCGCUACCGUGAGGGAUGUAACGAGAGUAAUCGAAUGACCGCCUUGUUUACAGUGUUGUUGGUUUUCCUUACUGUUCAUUGGUUGUUGUUCUCACCGUGUAACUGAGUGAUUCAUCCUUCUUUUUCUCUACACUUUUACCGGGUAAAUGUCUAAGAGAAUGGAACACACUUUCAUUUUGAGAAUCCUCUGAAUGGAUGCUUGCCACGCUUGCCUAGCUUGUAACCCGCUUGUCCUGCUUGUACGCUUGUUAAUUAAAUGCCUGAAAACGACGUUGCUUUGUUUGACUCCUCGGGAUGAUGCACCCAUCAUCCCGCUCGUCAUUGUCACUGUAAAACCACUUCCGAUUCACUGCUGAGCUUACGCCCGGCAGUGCCGACAUUUCCAUCAACAGCCGACACAACAUCGUGGUACGGUCAACAC